UGACUCUCGACCAUCAGACACCGAGGGCCGGCUGCUAGGCUCCCUCGCCGGGCAAAAUUUUUGCCAUUACCGUGAAACACAAUGUCGUUGAGCUCACAAUCGGAAAUAAAUGAAACCAAUUCGCGCAAGCAUAUAUGGUAUGCUUUAGUUGGAAGAGCUACCCUUACUGCCAUAGCGUACCCUCUUGAGUAUGUCAAAGUUCUCAUACAGCUUGGCCAUGAACCUUUGCCUCCAAGACCAACAAGAAGGUUUUUUGGCAAGCCAGCUCUGGCCUUGCCGGGUGCUUGGGAAUAUAUUCGAUACAUAAAAAAGGUGGACGGUUUCACUGGCCUCUACCGGGGUCUGAGUGCCAGGCUGUGCGCAAAUUUCGUCAGCGGUGCUGUUUACUCGGAAGUGAAUAGGAAACUUCCCGCAGUAACGGAUUUUGAAGAUGAGGAAGACGACGACGACAUUACGGAAGAGCAGCGCAUCAUCAACUUUGCCAAGCGCACCUGCAAAGAGAUGACUGCGAAAUGCAUCGCACUUACGUGCAGUCAGCCCUUCCACGUGAUAACCAUACGGUAUAUGGCACAGUUUGUAGGAAGAGAAACUACCUACGAUGGCAUAUUGAGCUCGAUUGCGCAAAUUUACAAAGAUGAAGGCAUCUUGGGUUUAUUCAGUGGGUUAAUACCUCGACUAGUGGGAGAAAUCCUAACAAUAUGGUUUGCCAGCUCGGUAGCAUUUGUAAUCAAUGCCUACAUCAUUCAAGAUAGGACGUUACAAGGCUACGUAAGUGCUACAACAAUGUUCCUGUCCAGCUCUGUCACUUAUCCGUUCACUCUAGUCGGCAACGUUAUGGCUGUCUCUCACUCUGGCUUGGAAGUUGCUGCAGCUCCCAACAUGCCUGCCUACGUGAACUGGAUCGACUGCUGGUCACAUCUAAGCUCUGUUGGCCAACUUAAGCGGGGUUCCUCCAUAUUGUGGCGUUACUACCAAGGUCCCUACGUUGUGGAUGAAACAGGCGUGGCAAAGCCAGUGAAACCUGUCAAGACCUCUGGAUCCCUUUCUCAUCUGGACUAGACAUGUUUUGAUGCAUAACCAGACAUAUUACACAGCAAGGUGGGCUGACUUCUAGCUAGUCGAGCAAAGUGAGAGUCACCAGCUGGUAGCAGGCAGAUACAGCAGCUACAGUGGCCAUGCGACCGACUGUGAUGUCGUAGUCCCUUUCACAAGUUACUUCUUCUAUUUGUGUCAUGCAGUUCGACCCUAUGGAUAAACUACAGAACUAGUAAUUGUAUUAAAUAUAUAUGCACUUU